AUGGCAAACAUCACGCUUGAUAUAGACGCACUUCAGGCUACGUUCGAAAGUCUACGCGCCAACGCGCUUUUUACGGUUCUACUCGCCGCUCUCUACAGUUUCCUUGCAUCCGCAGCAUUUAUCGCCAUACAUUCUCUCUUGAGCGUUGGUCUUCGUGCCUCGGCCAAUAAACUCAACCUCGUCGCCGUUUCAGUCAUGUUCAGCCUUACGACAUUGUAUGCCAUCGUCAGGAUCCUACAACUCUGGAGCCAAUUCGACCUCUUAGCGGACACAUUCGAUAUCAGUGUUGCUGCCUUCGGUGGAACACUUGAAACUGUGGUAUUUGCAAUCAACGUCAUUAUCGGGGAUGCAAUCAUCUUGUGGCGAGCCAUCGUGAUCUGGUCAUGGCAAAAGCGCAUCGUAUACCCAUCAAUACUGCUACUUUGUGCGACGCUUGUCCUCUGGGUGGUGGGGAAUGUCUACGAUUUGGCAAUCGAGAUACCGGCAUCUCUAGCGACCAGUCUGUGGGCCACGGUUCUCGUGUCAAUUAAAGCUUGGCAGCGCCGGCGUAUGCUCCAGAGGAAGGUCGCCAUCAUGUCGCGACGUGACGCCCUGGAGAACCUCUUCAACAUCCUGACUGAGUCGGGCAUCGUCUUCACCUUGCUCUGGGUUGUUUGCCUGGUUGCCUUCGAGUUUUUCUCCACUGACGAGAACUUUGACGAUACCAUGACUAUCGUCAUGAUCGUUGCAACCCCACUCUACCCAACCAUAGUCGUCAUUCUUGUUGCCAAGCACAAGACCCCGAUCAGCAACCAACUCACUACUAUCGAGCCAGUAACCAUCAUGGACCCCGAUAACUGUGAUCUGUUAGCUGGGGAGUGCGAGAGUGGCAAGGAAACAUUUAGGCCAUGA